CACGCGACCGCCUCGUCGCUGGAAGUCUGCGUGCUGGUCGCGCCCAGCCGCCUCACCCAGGAACUGGGGUCUGUGGGCCAGUGUAGCCGUCCCUACGAAGUCUGGCACGACCCCUAAAGUUAGGUCUGAAGACCCGUGGGCAGCCUGAGCGCCGAGGAGGGCCCUGAACGCUCCAACUCGCCCUGGAAACGUUUUUCCGUACAGCAACAUGGCGGCGCCCGUGGACUCUUAGAAAAGGAGAAAGCUUUUUUUCUGUGGACUGAAAGGGGCGUUUUUCAUGAUCACUAUUUAGAUGGGUGCUGUUUUCAUGAGGAGAGUCUGGGAAGGCGGCGUCCGCUUUUCUGACAACUGAAGAGGAUACUUUGUCCUUUUAAAGAUUCAAUGACUUCCUGACUUGGAGGAUGUGGACCUAGUGGCUAGACCCAAGGACCAAAGCAAGAAGUCGUGGGGGGCCCAGGAAGACAGGAGGAUCACAUUGGGAUUCCAGACAUAAGAUCAGGUUUUAACCCCCUUUGGCCAAAUUUUGGCUGAAAAUGUUGAAUUAUCAACUCUGAAGUUAAAAAGAAAGUUUAUAUUAAAACAUUGCAAUUUUCCUUAGAAUUUCUGUAUAUAUUAACAUCAUGAAUGAUAAAUUCUCUUCAAUGUGCAUGUCAGGUUUAUGUACUUGUAUAUCAAAUCUAUCUGUGUAUAUGAAGUGUGUGUUUAUUGAAAUACAAGACAUUUAAGAAGCUAAUCUGGAAAGUUGGAUUUUAAUUCUAGUUCCUAAUUCCCAGAGGCUUUUUUAAAGGAAGGGAAUGUCUGUGGUACACCAGUUGUCAGCUGGGUGGUUACUGGAUCAUCUUUCUUUUAUCAACAAGAUAAACUAUCAACUUCACCAGCAUCAUGAACCUUGUUGCAGUAAAAAUGAGUUCACUACUUCUAUUCACUUUGAGUCUCUACAAAUGGAUUCUGUGUCCUCCUCUGGAGCCUGUGCUGCAUUUAUUGCUUCUGACUCUACCACUAAGCCAGAGAAUGAUGAUGGAGGAAAUUAUGAAAUGUUCACACAAAAAUUUGUUUUUCGACCUGAACUGUUUGAUGUCACCAAACCUUAUAUAACUCCAUCUGUUCAUAAAGAAUGCCAGCAAAAUAAUGAAAGGGAAGAUCUGAUGAAUGGUGUUAAAAAAGAAAUCUCCAUUUCUAUUAUUGGGAAGAAGCGUAAAAGAUGUGUUGUUUUCAAUCAAGGCGAAUUGGAUGCUAUGGAAUACCAUACAAAGAUCAGGGAGCUGAUUUUGGAUGGAUCUUUACAAUUAAUCCGGGAAGGUCUCAAAAGUGGUUUUCUUUAUCCACUUUUUGAAAAACAGGACAAGGGUAGUAAACCUAUUACUUUACCACUUGACACCUGCAAUUUGUCAGAAUUAUGUGAAAUGGCAAAGCAUUUGCCUUCUCUGAAUGAAAUGGAACAUCAGACAUUACAAUUGGUGGAAGAGGAUACAUCUGUUACAGAACAGGAUUUAUUUUUGCGAGUUGUUGAAAAUAACUCUAGCUUUACAAAAGUGAUUACUUUAAUGGGACAGAAAUACCUGCUACCACCGAAAAGCAGUUUUCUUUUAUCUGACAUUUCUUGUAUGCAACCACUUCUAAACUAUAGGAAAACAUUUGAUGUAAUUGUGAUAGAUCCACCAUGGCAGAACAAAUCAGUUAAAAGAAGUAAUAGGUACAGUUAUUUGUCACCCCUGCAAAUAAAGCAAAUACCUAUCCCUAAAUUGGCUGCUCCAAACUGUCUUCUUGUUACUUGGGUGACCAAUAGACAGAAGCACCUACGUUUUAUAAAGGAAGAACUUUAUCCCUCUUGGUCUGUGGAGGUAGUUGCUGAGUGGCACUGGGUAAAAAUCACCAAUUCAGGAGAGUUUGUGUUCCCAUUAGAUUCUCCACACAAAAAGCCCUAUGAAGGUCUUAUACUGGGGAGAGUUCAAGAAAAAGCUGCUCUACCAUUGAGGAAUGCAGAUGUAAACGUGCUCCCCAUUCCAGACCACAAAUUAAUUGUCAGCGUGCCCUGUACUCUUCACUCACAUAAGCCACCGCUUGCUGAGGUUUUAAAAGACUACAUCAAGCCAGAUGGGGAAUAUUUGGAGUUGUUUGCUCGAAAUUUACAGCCAGGUUGGACUAGUUGGGGCAAUGAAGUUCUCAAAUUUCAGCAUGUGGAUUAUUUUAUUGCUCUGGAGUCUGGAAGCUGACUAUGAUCUUGAUUAAAGUAGUGGUUUCUUCAUUGUUUCCUCACCACUUUUCCCUUCAUUCUAACUGAUUUUUUUAUUUUGUUACCAACCCGUAUUCUUAGAAUAUAAACAGGACUUGUUUUUUUCAGUAAGGGACCAGAAGUGACUAGCCUUCAUGUAUUUUAAGAUGAAUUUUACUUGAGUUGCACUAACAUUCUAUGUUAUUCUAGACUAUACAAAUUAAGUGGUAAGCAGUUAUAAAGAUGGCAAGACCAUGCUAUUGAAAAAGUUCAGAAAACAUACACCGUGGACCAGAGGUCUUAAUCCUAUCUAUGGAUGUGUUUUGUGUGGCCCAUAUAGUGUUGUAAAAAACAUUUAGAACCAUUAUUCUAAAAAAUAGGGAUAUUUCACAUUAAAGUCCAGAUUUCUGCUUCUUUUUAAACAUCAGAGGCUGUGGCUACACAGAGGCCUCUGUUCUUUCCUGGCAUCCGUCUGCAGGACCUAGCGGUGGUGGCCCACUUGGGAAGAGCCUUGUGCUCUCCACUUUGCCACAGUACCACUGCCGCCAUGCUGCUCACUUAUGUCAUCCACUUGGCCCUUGUGUGACCUGAAUUUGCAACCUCUGGUAUACUAUUACGUUCUGGAAAAAAUAUUCAAAGAUCUGCCAAGUACUGCAUUAGUAUACUGAGUUUAUAAGGCAUUUUUGUAGGGUUUUAAAUUGCAUUCAAGGUCACUUUCCAAGCACUUUUUGGUUUUGCUUAUUUUUCUAGAAGAAAAUGAAAAGCUAUUCCUUAUAAUAAACAUGGCAGCAAGUAAACAGUGUGAUUGUGAAAAAAAUAUUAUUUAUAGAUUUUCUACAAAUAAAUAUUUGUCUACCAAGUAAAAUAUUUUGACUGAAAUGAUUCUUUGAAAUGCAUAUUGAUUUAUUACGUAUUAACUUUUUAAAAAUUGAGGUAUAAUUUUCACAAAAUUCUCCAAUUUUCAGUGUCAAAUUCAGUGAAUUUUGAAAACAUAUAUACAGUUGUCUGUCUGCCACAGUGAUCGUGAUACAGAACACUUUCUUUACCCUGAAAACUUCUCAUUUUUCCUUUUGCAGUCCAUCCCCUGCUCCUAUCCUUGGCCCCUGGCAAACAUUGGUUUGCUUUCUAUCAUUAGUUUUGCUGUUUGAGAAUUUCAUAUAAAUGGAAUCAUGCAAUGUGUAAUCUAUUGUGCCUGGCUUCUUUCACUUAGCAUUUUGAGAAAAGCAUUUAUACUAUUUACAGAUUGUUGACAAAUAUUUAUCCACUAAGUAAAAUGUUAGACUGAAAUGAUUCUUUGACAAGCUUGCCAAUUUACUGAUUUUGUCAAAGAAAAAUAUGUUAUUUUUGAAAUUUGUUCAUCCUUUGAGUGUGUGAGUAUAGUAUCAGAGGCUUAAUUUUGUGUUUAUGGAGCUAUUCUAACUUGUUAUUUAAAAGGAAAAAGGUAUUAAACUUGAAGCAAACUUCUC